AUGGAUGCUUACUCGAUCUCUUUCACUAGCGUUUCCCAACGAAGCUUCUCACGAGUCUGGAGAGACCUCAAGUCCUGCCGCCAGUACAGCAUCGUAGAGAUGACCGAAGACUUCUCGGAGACACCAAGCUUAGGGCAGAGGAUAGGAGAGGUACAAUCCGACCCUAGUGAAGCUCUUGGGUUUAUCAUUCUCCUCAUAGUGCUACGUCGAGCGCGGAGUUCCGGCCGCAAGCCUCAUGUCGCGGUCAUUGGUGCGGGUUUGGCUGGGCUACGUUGCACGGAUAUCCUCCUUCAGCAUGGCUUCGAGGUAACUUUGAUCGAAGGCCGAAAUCGACUAGGGGGUCGUGUACACCAGUCAACCUUGCCAUCGGGACACAAAGUGGAUUCUGGACCCAAUUGGAUCCAUGGUAGUAACGAAAAUCCCAUCUUAGACCUUGCCAAAGAAACCAAGACUGUGGUUGGAAAGUGGGAAGAGAAAAGCUCCGUCUUUGAUGAUGAUGGCAAACAGGUCCCUCUGUCCGAUGCCAUGGUCUACUCGACGAUUAUGUGGGACGUUGUGGGAGAUGCGUUUGCCUAUAGCAAUAAGAAUUCUGCCACGAUAAGUCCUGACGAAAGUCUCUGGGAUUUCUUCGAGAGGGAGGUUCCCAAAAGGAUACCAGACAGCGAUGCAAACUUCGAGAAGAAGAGAAAUAUUGUGUACCAACUUGCGGGCCAGUGGGGAGCAUUCGUGGGAAGCCACAUUUUCUCGCAAAGCUUGAAGUUCUUCUGGUUGGAAGAGUGUAUAGAUGGCGAGAAUCUGUUCGUCGCAGGUACCUAUGAGAAGAUUCUCCAGCUUGUCGCAAAGCCAGCUGUUGAAGGAGCAAAGAUCAAAUACGAGACCAUCGUCAAUAAAAUACAGACUACCAACGACGACGGUGGGAUGUUAAAAGUCCACACCGAGAGCGGUGAAAAUCUGGAAUUUGAUGAAGUUGUUCUUACUGCACCGCUCGGCUGGUUAAAACAGCAUUCUGAUGCCUUUGAGCCAGCUCUUCCCUCAAGAUUGGCCAAAGCUAUCAAAAGUAUAGGAUAUGGCUGUCUUGAGAAGACCUAUAUCAGCUUCCCGAAAGCCUUCUGGGUUUCUGCCCAGCCCAAGGAUAGUAAAGUCCAGGGAUUCUGCCAAAUGCUUGCCCCAAGCUAUGCGACCGAGUCGAAUCCGCACAAGUGGAAUCAAGAAUUCGUCGAAUUGGCUUCUCUGGAUCCCUCUGCGGCCCACCCGACCCUUCUUUAUUAUUUCUACGGUGAUCAGUCAAAAUUCAUCACUAGCGAGCUGGCAAAACUUCACUCGAAGGAGAAGCAGGACGCAUUCCUAAUUGGUUGGUUUAAGCCGUAUUAUUCACGUCUCCCGUAUUAUGACGAAAACUCUCCGGACUGUCAGCCGAUAGGCUGCUACGCAACCCAGUGGCUCAACGAUGACCUUGCAGGCAACGGCAGUUACAGCAAUUUUCAAGUAGGUCUCGAGGAAGGUGAUGUGGAUAUCAAAACCAUGAGAGAGGGCAUUCCAAGCCGAGGUCUCUGGCUGGCCGGUGAACACACGGCACCUUUCGUAGCCCUGGGAACAGCCACUGGUGCAUAUUGGAGUGGCGAAUCAGUUGGGAAGAGGAUCGCCCAGGCUUACUCCAGAGGAGAAGGCGGUGUUAUGGUUUUAAACUAA